CGCCUUGUCCCCAACAACAACAGAUCCAUCGCUGGCGCCGAUCUGAAAGCUUUCUUGCGACCCCGCCCUGCGACUCGCCCUCCUCCAUCCAUAACCAAGAUGAUGUGUACUCCUGACACAACGCUGGCUACACUGCCCGACUGCAUCCGCACUGAUAUUGCGCUUCUCCUUUACUACUGCGAUCCGUCCUCUCUGCUGCAGCUUCUCUUCCUCAGCAGGAGCUGGUAUCACACCACAGCCCGGGUUCUCUUCAAGUGCGUGACGCUCAAGCUCAACGACGAUCUCGGACGCUUUGGGAGCGACACUGAUGACUCCGAUGCCAGCGACGAGUUUGAAGACCGAACGCCCGUGCACCGCUCAAGCUCAAAGGCCUCAAAUAUCGCUCAUGCGGCCACCAAAACCAACUCGGCGGCAUCGGCCUUUGUGCGGGCUCUUGCCCUCUACGGGAUUCCGAAGCCGCACACCCGGUCCUCACGAUCGCCUCCUCGACAUGUUCCAUUUUGGCACUAUAUCCGGUCGUUCACUCUUCGGGUUGAAAGACCUUUGACACAAGUCCGCUCCCUGAGCUUUGGGUCGACCAUCCUCUCGCCAACCGACUUUGAAACAAUCCGAACAAAUUGUCCGAGCCUCGAAACUCUUCAACUGGAAGUCGUCCCGAGUGUCGAGCACUAUGAGGCACUCCAGGCAUUGUGUCUAUCGGCUCCAGACCUGUCGAGGCUCGACAUCGAGUCAAACCGCCCCCACUCGAACGAGGCAGUAUUCAAGACCUUUGCUGCGUUUCUGCUUGCGACAGCGCCCAAGCUGCAGCGGCUCGUGAUGAAAAUCGAGAUGGACGAGCUUGUUUUCAUUUCGGGCUCGCCCUUCCUCCAGAACCUCGUUGACUGCGCCAGCCGAAUGGACAUCAUGUACAUCUCCAGCAUCGUCUUUUGCGAUGGCAAGUCAUUGGUUCAAAAUCUGAGAGAGAAAUGGAAUACGGCCUUUCAAGCAUGCCCAGCAUGUCCUGGCAUGGACCUUCGCACGGUGGAGCACUACCCGAGCCUCAAAAUCUCAAUCACAAAGCCGUCCUAUUCAAGCAUGUUCAGCAACAUGGUUCUUGGCAUGACCCAGAAGUCACGGAUGGGUAUCCUUAUUGGGCCAUACGACCCGCCGCCGCCACUUCAGGGCAUCGUCUCACACGGUUGGAUGAGCUCCGAGAGCCCCUCGGACCACGGAGAUGAUCCUUCUGACGGGGAGACUGACGGCGAAGCGGACUAUGACGACGAUCCUGCAGCACUGGAACACGACGACAACGAUGACCAGGCGGCGGGUGAUCAAAGCGAUGCCGAAGACGGUGACGAUUUCUCGAACCAAGACGCAGCAUCAAGCGACAGCGCCGACUCUGCCCUGGCUCAAAACGAAGAGAGCUCGGUUGCUCUCUUCACUGCCGUUGACUCGAAAGCCGAGGUUGCGCUGGAACAAAACAUGCAAAUGCAUGUGGGUCGACGGCAGACCUACGCAAUCCCGCAUAUUGUUGAUAUCCUGCAGGACUCAUACAUUGUGUUUUGGUGACCGGGCUGCCGGAUACCCGCUUGUGCAUUGCCCAUAAUAUGCAGUUGGCUAGUGGUGAGGGAUGCUGCCGACCACAUAUCCUGUACUGCGGCGCUCUCGCCAGGAAUGGGCCACUUUCACAGCAGGGUGUCCCGUUUCAAAACAGGAAAGCUGCAACCAGCACGCUCGAGUAGAGUCAUGGCUGCCGUACUUUUCUGGUCCUGAAUACAGACCUAUCUGCUGCUGCGCUGUGAUGCCGCAAUCCCAGCAGAUGGUCAACAUGGAAUUGCCGAAAGGCAACCGACACAGGC